AUGCCAAGGCCAGUACAGCUGUGCUCAGGGGCGCGCAUCGACGUUUGCAAGAUCAAUGCGUUCUCACCAUCAUCGUUUGACUCUCUUUCUGAGGAAGCAUUGAAACGUCUCGCAGUUCCCCAAGUUGUUUUUCGACUUCAAUUGUCCACACCUUCUUUGGACCAGCUUCUGGGGCAGAUCCACGGGCAGAAAUUCAGGUUGGGGCCAGCGAUAUGCUGUGGUCAUAUUCAUGGGGUAGUGUGCGAAUGGUCGUGGUGCCUCCCCGAUGAAAAAGGUGUUCAACUCUUUACUCACUUUCUCAAGGCUGGAACUAUUUGGCGUGAGAAGGAUUGUUUGCUACACGUGGGUGAUUUCGUCAUGGUUGAGGCGCGAGAGGAUGUGCGAGGCUUUCGGUUGGUGCCCCUUGGGAUUUGUGCAGCUGGGAACAAGUCGAAGGAGAAGGGUCCAUCAACAUCCGUGAAUUGGAGAUCCAACAAAUGGGUUGCCUCGCAAAGAAAGCGUGCCAGAAGUGCUGGCCGACUUUCGAGCCUUUCCUCUUUUCAGGAAGGUCAUGAACCUGACAGCGCUCUUUAG